AUGUCUAUAGAAGACCAUGCGGCCUUCUUCGCGAGGCUGGUGGAGAUGGUGCCCCCAAAGUUCUAUCUGCACACCGACGCUGGCCGUGUGAACCUGAAGUACGUCAAGAAGUCCGUGCGGGAUGAGGCCAAGGCGGCCUUCAAGGCUCAAUACAAGGAGAACAAGAAGGCCCAGCUGGACCCGGAUCAGGCGAAGAGCACGCUGGACCUGCAGAGGGAGGUCGCUGCGGCGGCGGCGGCGGAACAGCGCGCCAGUGGGCGGGGCAACGAAGCCGGCCCCGCCCCGACGACACCGGUGGUGGUCGGAGAGCCCGCGGCCACUGCGUCCCGUCAGCCUGCAGAGGGUACAGCCGCCCCCGUGGCCACCCUCGUGCUGACUCAAGGGAAGCCUCCGUCGCGGGAAGAGCUCCGGGAGCGGCUCCAGAAGAAACUUGAGAUCAUGAGGCAGCAGAGGAAAGCAGACGAGCUGGCGGGAAAUGCAGAGCAGGCCAAGGCCUGGCGUGAGCAGGCGCUCGCCACCGGCAGGCAGAAGGCCAAGAAGCGGACAUUGGAGGUGUCACAGGGCAAUGAGAAGGCACCCAAGGGCCAGCCCAGACAGAAGCAGCAGAAGGUCGAGGGCCCCGCGGCAGCCCCGGAGCUGGAGGUAAAGCAGACAUUCAGCAGCCUGGACUUUGGUGAUGCAUCGCGGCGAAGGCACAAGCGACCGAGCAAGGCCAAGCUGCUGGAACAGGCUGAGGCAAAGGACAGCGAGGGCGGGGUCAAUGAGAAGGAGGCUUGGGGAACCGCAUUGGCUAGAGCUGCCGGCGAGAAGGUGUAUGAUGACCCCAAGCUGCUACGAAAGAGCCUAAAAAAGGAGGCCAAGAUGAAGGAGAAGAAGCAGAAGGCUUGGCAGGGUAGGAUUGCGAAGCAGACAGACGAGCAGAAGACGCGGCAAAACAAGCGCCAGGAGCACAUUUCGUCCCGCAUCCAGAAGAAGAAGGACAAGAAGAAGGACCGGCGCGACAAGAAGUUGCUCCGUGCCGGAUUUGAGGGGCGCAAGGCAGGGUACAUCACCCCAGGCAAAGCAGCACCUCCGUCUUGA